UUGCCACAGUAAUUUUAAAAUUUCGAUUUACUUAUACAAAUGUCGAAAGCUACAACAAUUAAAGAAGCUCUUAAAAGAUGGGAGGAUCGUACACAUCAAAAUUCAGCAGAAGCUAAGGAAAUUGAUCUUCAAUUUCAAUGGCCACCAAUUGAAAAGAUGGAUGCCACUUUAGGAAAUUUAGUCAAUUGUGAAUUUCUCAGUUUAUCAACUAAUAUGAUAGAAAAAAUUUAUGGUUUGAGUGGCAUGAAAAAUUUGCGAAUUUUAUCUUUAUCAAGAAAUUAUAUUAAAAAUAUAUCGGGUUUGGAAUCUGUAGCAGAAACACUAGAAGAACUUUGGCUUAGUUACAAUCUUAUUGAAAAAUUAAAAGGAUUAAAUUGUUUAAAAGUUCUUAAAGUUUUAUAUAUGAGUAAUAAUUUACUAAAAGAUUGGUCUGAAUUCAAUAAGUUGAUUGAAAUCGCAACAUUAGAAGAUCUUCUUUUAGUUGGAAAUCCUUUAACAGAAGGUAUGGAUGAGCCUUCAUUCCGUGCUGAAUGUAUCAAACGUUUACCAACAAUUAAAAAAUUAGAUGGUGAACCAGUUGUAAGAGAUGAAGAACCUAUAAUAUUAGUAAAAGAACCAGAAUAAAUUUUAUAUUAAAAUAUUUAUGUAUGUGUAUAUGAAUUUCUUUUCUUAGAUAUUUUAAUUUUUUUAUUUGUAGCUACAAGAUUUUAAAAAUAUAUGAUUAUGCACGUAUGAAAACAUUUAUUAGAGCAUUUAUUGUAUUUUGUUGUUAUUGUUAGAGUUGUCUGAUUGACGGACAUACCAGAAGUAUGGUCCACCCCACGAACGAUUUCUGUAGGAGCUGCCUAUGACAAAAAGGAGAAGGAAACGGUGAAGAAGGAAAUGUGUGGCGCUGCCGGACUGAAAAUAGAAUUUUCUUGGUUCUUGCUUGUUUCAGCGAGCUACGGACUUAGCGAACGGAGUUCGGGAUUAUUCUAAUGGAGGGAAAGUGGAAGGAUUCGGUGGUACCUGAGCCGGCCUAAAUGAGCUCAUUGUACCAUUCGGGGGGCCGCCUAAUCUAAUCUAACGCAAACUUUUUUUGAAGUAAUAUGUACGUGUAUUUAUACGUAUAUUUAAUAUUAUAUAUUAAUGUAAAA